GACGCACACAAAAAAAAAGACAUCCGCGGGUCUCCCUCACUUUCCCAGCCCUAGGCCCUUCAAGCGCCAGCCCGCCGUGGACCAGCCCGGAAUAGCAACGCCGACGAGAACGCCAACCCGAGGCUCGUCCCCGUCGACUUGCUCAGCUCGCUACCGGAUUCCCCCACCGGACACACCACCCAAAACCACAUGACCCCUCGACCAUGCUGUCCCGCCAGCUGCUCCGUCGCCCGCGCCUCGCCGCCCGGGUGCGCCGCGUCCGCGCCCUGUCGUCGCCGCACACGCCGCGCUUUUCCAGCACCGAGACGCAGGGCCAGGCGUCGUGGCGGGCGGCCGUGAAGGGCCCGCUCGUGCCCUACGCCGCCGGCCUAGCCACCGCUUCUCUCGUUGCGUAUGUGGUGGGGCGGGCCCGCGAGCCGCAGGGUAGCGCCGCCGCCGCCGCCGCCGUCUCAGCCCCGUCCCCGGCACCAGAAGUCGGAGCGACCCCGGCUGAUGACGGGGGCAUCCCGGACCUCAACGCGCUAGGCAUGGCCGGCGAGAUUACGCUCAGCCCGCCGGCGUCGGCGGCAGACGUGACGCGGGUGCUGAACGCGCGCGCCUUCUCGCGGGGCGGGCGCGACGGCGUGGCGCGGUACGACGGCGCCCAGGUGGCGUCGAACGAGCCGUGCGAGGACACGUUCCUGCACGGCAGCCUGUCGACGCCGUUCGGUGCCGGCGACUGGCUGACCUGGGCCGUCUUCGACGGGCACUGCGGCUGGCAGAUGUCGGACCUGCUGACGCGGGAGCUGGUGCCGUACGUGCGGCGGGCGUUCGCGGCGGCGGGGCCGACGGCCGACGAGGGCGCGGUCGAGCGCGCGCUCCGGGACGCCUUCACGGCGCUCGACGACGCCGUGGUCCGGACGGCGGCGGCCACCGUCGACAGCGACCGCACCUACGCCGAUAAGGCUCGCCGGCUCGAGGCCGCGUACGCCGGCGCGUGCGCGCUGCUCGCCCUCUUCGACCCGGCCACGCGCACGCUGCGCGUGGCCUCGACGGGCGACUGCCGCGCCGUGCUCGGCCGUCGCGCCGCCGACGGCACCUGGGCCGCCACGGAGCUCACGACGGACCAGACGGGCGCGAACCCGGACGAGGCGGCGCGGCUGCGCGCCCAGUUCCCGAACGAGCCCGAGGUGGUGCGCAACGGCCGCGUCUGGGGCAUGCAGCCGUCGCGCACGUUCGGCGACGGCAUGUGGAAGUGGCCGUCGGCGCUUAAGAACAGGCUGCGCGACGACUACAACGGCCAGAACCUGCCGUCGGCGGCGCGCUACGGCGCCUACCGUGACGGGCCGUACCUGACGGCGGAGCCGGCGGUGACGACGGCGCGGAUCCCGGACGCGGAGCCGUCGUUCGUCAUCCUGGCGACGGACGGGCUGUGGGACACGAUGGAGAGCGGCGACGCGGUCGACCUCGUCGGCCGGUGGCUCGACUGGCAGGCGCGCGGCGGCGCGGCGAAGCCUGAGGAGGAGGGGAAGGGGGAGGGGGAGGGGGAGGGGCGGCAGGACUUCGGCCCGACGAUCCUCGGCCGUAUGCAGCUGUGCAAGUACGAGCCGCGCAAGGCGGCGCUGCGCGACGCCAACGCGGCCGUCCACCUCGUGCGCAACGGGCUCGGCGGCGCCGACGACGAGACGGUGCGCGGCGCGCUGACCUUCCGGUACCCGAACUCGCGGUUCAUCCGCGACGACAUCACCGUCCAGGUCGUGUUCUUCAGCCCCACCCAGGUAGGGCCGCCGCCGGCCCCGGAGGGGGCUAGCAGGUGAAGACCCUGCUAUAUAAAAACGAUACACACGGCCGCGGCUGGAUUGAUAACCCCCCGCUGCGUCUUUUUCACCUGUCCGAAGACAGCUUUUCCCACCAUUCCUUUUCCGUCUCGCUCGAGAACGGUUAGGCCUUCUCCCUCCGCACCCGGACGGCGCAGGAGAUGGAUAG